AAAAGCGCUCGGCGGGCGGAGCAGCAGCAGCAGAGGAGGGCGGGUCGAGUGGAGAGAGGAGCAGCAGGAAUGUGACAUGAGGUGAAAGCUGAGGCGGAGACACACCUGGGAACUUUAAAAAAAACAAAAAACACGCAACCGUGACAAGUGGCCUCGACCCGGGCACGAGCCGAGUGUGAGCCGCGGAGAGAAGAAGAUGUUCACCACGGAGCGCAGGAGGAUGAGCAGGCGCAUGAGUCUGCAUGAGGUGAAGAGGAAGGAUCCGGUGCGUGUGUCCGCUGGAAGUUUCUGGCAGGACUCUCUGGCGAUGGAGCUGAGCUCCAGCGGCGCCUGUAAACAGCUCGUGUCCCCGCGGAGCCGCACCAGAGAGGUGUCCGUGGCGUACAUCGUGAACGAGGACGCGUCGGUGCCGCAGACGGAGGAGAACUUGUCCCUCACGUGUCUGAAGGAAGCCUGCGCGGACGCACACGCCGCGUUAAAGACCAUCUCGUUUGAGCGGAUCGCUCUGGGGACCACCGACAUCCUGGAUAGUUUCUACAACGCAGACGUAGCGGUGGUGGAGAUGAGCGACUCGUUCUGUCAGCCCUCCCUCUUCUAUCACCUGGGAGUGAGGGAAAGUUUCAGUAUGACCAACAACAUCAUUCUGUACUGUUACAAACAAGACAGCGACCUGCAGGCCCUCAAGGAGCAGUGUGGAAGUUACACAUUCAUCCCUUAUUUAGUUUCACCUCAAGGUAAAGUGUUCGCCUGUGAUGCCACGAUAAUGACCGGCAUCAAAGAGCUGAUGCAGCCGAUUUUCCAGCUGGAGCCUUUACUUGAGCCGCUGGUGGAGAGGCUGGUGCAUCUGCUGAGCAACAUUCACAUUCAGUCCAGUGAGUACUUCCGGGAGUCGAUCAGGCACGAGAUCCGUAUGGCACGGGAGCGGUUCAGCGGCCAGGCCCUGAGCGACGAGCUGAGCAACAUACAGAAACGCCUGGACAGUGUAGAGCUGCUCACCCCUGAUAUAGUUAUGAACCUGAUAUUGUCCUACAGGGACGUCCAGGGCUACGAUGCCAUCAUCAAUCUGGUGGAGACUCUGAAAGACCUGCCCUUGUGUGUGGUGGCCAGACAUCAGAAUAUCCAGUUUCACUACAUAUUUGCCCUCAGCAGGAGGAAUCACCCUGGAGAUCGCGCCAAGGCUCUGAAGGCCAUUCUGCCCAUGGUUGAGUCGGGGGGCAAGGUGGCAUCCGAUGUCUACUGCCUGUGUGGACGCAUCUACAAAGACAUAUUCAUGAGCUCUGCAUUCACAGAUCAGAGCAACAGGGACCAGGCGUGCUAUUGGUAUGGAAGAGCUUUCGAGAUGGAGCCAACUCUUCACUCGGGCAUUAACAACGUGGUCCUCCUGAUGGCAGCCGGCCACGAGUUUGACACGUCUAUCGAGCUGCGUAAAAUAGGUGUGACGUUAAGCAACCUGCUUGGUCGGAAGGGGAGCUUGGAGAUGAUGAGGGACUACUGGGACGUCGGCUUCUACCUCGGAGCCAACAUCUUAGUUAACGAACACAGGAAAGUCAUCGAGGCCUCUGAGAAGCUCUACAGGCUCAAGGCUCCGAUAUGGUACGUGGCAUCCAUUAUGGAGACGUUCAUCUUGUAUCGUCAAUUUGCCAAACUGCCGGAGGUGAGAGCUCCUAAACAGGAUACUGUGGACUUCUGGAUGGAGCUGCUAUUACAGACCUGUAAACCCACGGUCUCCACAGACCGCUGCCCGGUGCUGAUUCUGGAGCCCAGUAAAGUCCUGCAACCAGCUAUUGUGUGCGUGAGUGAGGAAGAUGAAAGUCGUACUGUCCAGUUGAAACACGUCACACCCUUAAAGAAAGGCUUACACCAGUGGACUUUCCCAGCCUCUGCAAUCCGCGGAGUGAGUGCUUCAAAGAUUGACGAGCGGAGCUGCUUCCUGUACGUCCACUACAACUCUGACGACUUCCAGCUCUGCUUCCCCUCUGAGCUUCACUGCGAAGGUUUCUGCGAGCUGGUGAACUCUCUGCUCCAGCAGGCUGAAGACUCUGCUCAGCAGUUGGAUCAUCCGACUGAAGGAAUACUCGAGUACAUCUAUGAGACCAAUGAGAGCGGGGACAAGGUGGUUCUGGGUAAAGGGACGUACGGUGUGGUCUACGCUGGGAGGGACCUGAGCAAUCAAGUACGCAUCGCCAUCAAAGAGAUCCCUGAGAAGGACAGCACGUACGAGACACAUCAUCUUUCACUCUGGCAUAUGGAAAUGAUUGAGAGAACUCUUCAGUACAUGGCCCCAGAGAUUAUAGACCAGGGGCCUCGGGGUUAUGGGAAGCCGGCUGACAUCUGGUCCCUCGGCUGCACUAUUAUAGAAAUGGCAACAGGCAAAACACCCUUUCAUGAGCUGGGAAGUCCUCAGGCAGCCAUGUUCAAGGUUGGCAUGUUUAAGAUCCACCCAAAGGUUCCAGAGUGCAUGUCGGACGAGGCCAAAAGCUUCAUCAUGAACUGUUUCGAUCCAAACCCAGACGACAGAGCCACGGCUGCGGAGCUGCUGGUGGACUCCUUCCUCAGGUCGUCACCCAGGAAGAAGGCCAAGGCUCCGCAGGAAGCCGAACCCAAAGACUCCCUUUCUUCUGACUAUCAGCGCAGCCUGUCUGUGCCCAUCUCCAUCCUGGUGGAGGACACUGAUUCAUACUCCGGUUCUAUCGACCUGUCCUGUUCCCUUGACCUCCGGAGGACCCAGUUCACCCUCAGAGCGCACGAGGUCUCCGAUAGCCCACCCAGCACCAGCAGCUUCCUGUCAAUACCAGAGGACUCUCCAUUAGACAUGUGCAGUCCUGCCUCAACCGGGGAGAAUAUUGGUCUUUUCAUGCUGAGGAAGGACAGUGAGAGGAGAGCAACUCUGCACCGAGUUCUCAACGACUACAUCGGUCACGUCAUCAAUAAUAUACAGGAGUCAGUGCCUCAGUGUGGAAAGGGGUCAUCGUUCACUGCAGACCACAUCACCAAGCUCAUUGUUUGCUUGCGAGACAACAUCCACUCCCCGGACAGGAAGCAGCUGACCAGUGGUUUGUUGGACCUCAAAGCCAUGCUGCUUGCUGCCACAGUACCUCUGAACAGCCUGCAGGCGGUGCUGUUCAGCUUCCAAGAUGCAGUGAAGAAGGUGCUGAAGCAACAGCAGGUGAAACCUCACUGGAUGUUUGCUCUGGACAAUCUCCUGAGACAGGCGGUGCAGGACUCCAUCAGUGUGCUCCUACCGGAGCUGAAACUCCAGCUGCAGUCCUCAUUUGAGAACGAGGACAGCACUGUUGAGGAGCUGGCUGCUGAACCCAGCACUCCUGUAGUUCUCGUGCCUGGCGAGCUGGAGAUGCUAGCAGACCAGGAGGAAACCGAAGCGAUAAACGACAUCACGCCCACUGCUGACCCCCACUCUCUUACAGACCUGGUCCUCAGCACCAGCUGUCCCCUCAGCGAGAAACUCAGAGACCUGCGACUCGAGACCAAAAGACUGCUGAGUCAGCUUAGUGAGAAGGAGACAGAGUACCAGGAUCUGCUCAGGAACUCAGUCCAGGGGAAACAGGAACAGAUAGAUGCACUGAGGAAAGCAGCCAUCACUGACGGUGGCGAAUCGGCUUCACAGAAAAUACAUCAUCCAGAGAUGAAGGCGUUGGUGUGUUGGCUCAAGUCUGUCCCUGUAGAUCAAGAUACCAUUGAUAAGUUGCUCUCCCACAAGUUCACCUUGGACUGUCUCCUCCACUUGGCCUCCAGGGACGAUUUGAUGUAUUGUGGAAUAAGAGGAGGCAUGCUGUGUCGACUCUGGGCCGCCAUCACACUUCACAGAAAGACCCAGCUCAGCGAACACAACGAGGACAGCGAGGACACUCUCCUUUAAUGGACGCUGAUGUUGUACAUCAAAGGUCAGAUUUAUCGACAGGCCGGUCCUGUGUUGUUAUCUGGAGGAAGAGAAGCAGUGGUGAACACAAUUGAUGCUCAGCUGAAUAGAUUUUGAACCUCGUGAAUGUAUAAUUUUGUACAAAUACUGAUUGCCAGUUUUUGUGUGUGUACAAAUAUCUGGACCCAGUAGCGUGCUAGCAUUUCUUUUUAACACUUUCUCAGGGCUUUGGCAAGUGGGACAAAUAUAAUUAUACCUUCAUAACAAUGCUAUGUUAUAGCGUAUUGAUUUAUGUGCAAAGAAGCUCAAGAUUACUUCAAAGAUGCCUCCUCAUGAGGCUGUUUUACAGAAAACUUAGCAGGACCUAAGUUAUUAAGGGUAUUCUGUAUUUAAACUGCAUUGUUUUUACUAUAAAUCCUGUUAAAUCUCCUCAAAUAAUAAACAGGAACACUGGA